CUUCCAUCCAUUUUUUCACAUCAAUGGACAAGAUUAGUUCUUAUUUUUCAUAUAGGAACCACUUUUUAUUUGAACCAAAGAAACAAAUAACAAAUUAUCAAGCCCCAGUCUUGACUAGAAAAGCUAUCAGUGCAAUAUGCUCAAAUCUUUAUGUGUUCCCAUUGGAUGCAAAAAUGCAAUCUUUCAAGAAUGCAGUUGAUUUUCAAAGCAUCAUCAUUAGUUGCAGAAAUAAAACAAUCCAGUUCAGUUUAAACUUUAAAGCAAGCUCAUAUAUACACACUCCCAAAGUGGCAGACCUCCAUAUUCCUACCUUAUUGCCAUAUUGGAGCUAAUCUUUUAUGAUAAUGAAGCGGUGGCAGCACUCAGGGCUUUCUGCAAUUCACUCUCAAGCUCACUAGACCUGUUUUCAUUAGUCACUUUUGUCUUGACCUCUUUCUUCCCAUUGUCGCCCCCGUUUUUCUUUUUGUUCCUCCACUGCUCGAGACCACUUGAGCUCUCAACAAUGGGAGCUACUGUCUUCUUCCCAACACACUCUUCCUUAGAACUGCCUGUUUUCAGAAAAUGCCCAGUUUUCAUAGUUUCCAACCUUAUUCUGAAUCUGCAUCCGAUUCCCCAAAUCCUCCGGAAAAUUCACACCCCACCGGAAACUAAUCAACGCCUUCUUUGUUAUCUGCAUUUCAG